ACUACUCAGCUGUUCGGGAAAAAUCAAGCGAUAACACGAGUUUUUUCCAUUUCCUUCCUUUUUACUGUCAAAAUUGCAUUUAUUCCACGAAAUCAUCUCAGGUUAAAACCAUGGAUCCCAUAAAAAUUAAGAUUGGCAUCAUUGGCGGCUCGGGUUUGGAUAAUCCCGAAAUAAUCGACAAUCGUGUGGAGAAAGUUGUCAAUACGCCAUACGGAAAUCCGUCGGAUGUACUAAUUGAGGGCACCAUCAAGGGUGUCGAUUGCGUUUUGUUGGCUCGACAUGGUCGUUCGCACUCCAUAAUGCCGUCGACGGUGAAUUACCGCGCCAACAUUUGGGCUCUCAAGCACUUGAAUUGCACGCAUUUGAUCGUUUCGACGGCAACCGGAAGUCUUCGUGAGGAAAUUAGUCCGGGCUCCGUGGUCAUUAUCGACAAUUUCAUCGAUCGCACAACGAAACGCGCACAAACGUUCUACGACGGCAACGAAGCAAGUCCCUGGGGCGUUUGUCACAUCCCAAUGGAACCGGCAUUUUGUGAUCGCACACGCAAAGUCAUCAUCGACACGGCAAAGAAUCUCGGCAUUUCCGUCUUCGAAAAGGGCACCGUUUGCACCAUCGAAGGCCCGCGUUUCUCCAGCAAGGCAGAAAGCAAAGUUUUCCAGCAGUGGGGAUGUGAUCUCGUCAACAUGACAACGGUGCCGGAAGUUGUGCUCGCGAAGGAGGCGGGACUUUGCUAUGCGGCAAUCGCUCUUGCCACGGACUACGAUUGCUGGCGAGAGUCGGGCGAGAAGGUUUCCGUGCCGGAGGUGCUCGCAAUGUUCAAGAAAAAUGUCGAAAAAGUGACGCGAAUUCUCGUCGAAGUUGUGCCAAACAUCGCCAAGCAAGAUUGGACCGACACAAUUACCGAGCUACGGAAUACCGUCAAUCAAAGCAUCAUGCUACCUCACACUCCUUAAAUUACGGGGGAAAAAAAGUCAAGAAGCGUCGAAAAGACACCGAAGCAAUGCUCAGGAAAGCACAACUUUUAUUAAAAUGAAAAAAAGAAAAUA